GCUGUUGCAGCGAUGUCCCAAUGGGCACAGCGAGCACUCCUAUUUACAAUAAAUCGUCUCGUAACGUGGAAUUGAAGGGGUCCCCUUCUCCGACAGUGAUGACCACAACCUCGGUUUGAAGCGGGCGGAGGGGGGAGCACGUGGUAACUUUAGUCCCUUAUAAAUCUCCUACAAGCGGCCGCUGCUGUCCGCUUGGCACGCGUAAAGGACGAGCCAUUCCCCAACUAGAUGGGGUGAGGGAAGACGCGUGAAAGUGCUCCGCAGUCACACCGAAGACAAACUCCGAGCUGGCUGUUUUUCCACUGAGCUGCUUUUGAAGGAAGACUUUUUCAGAUCGCAGCUUUGUGUGGAUUUUUCACUCCGUCUUAACGCGUCAGCCAAACUUCUAAAACGUUCGCACCUUGCACCCCUGCUCAACGCCAGGACCGCGUUGGCAGUUUUGAUGCUUUUAAAACAACUUUGUGAUCUGCUUGGAGAAUUAAAAGGCAAUGAACUGCACAUCGAGCCGAUGAGGAUUGACAGAUAGAGAGCUCGGAGCAGUGCUGGUGUUGGCCGAGGUGCGGUUGAAGCUGAGCGCUCUGAUGCGGUGGAGGUGUGCUCAGUCCCGCAGGCUAGACGGCUGUGCGUCCCGCUGACGAUAACCCCGCAGCUGUUUUGAACUCUGUUUUCAUCCACACACUUCAGAUCCGUUUGAUGGCCGCGUGUCCACCUCUGGAAACACUCAGCUGCACCUUUACGCACUCUCGCUGUGCGUCUGCCGGGAGUAGAUCCCUUCUGAACGAAUAACGGGUCUCUCUCUGUGCCGGGAAAGUUGAAUGGAUUUUCAGAUUUGAAGACGCUGGAGGAGAAGAUGAACCUGUGUAUCGCCAGUCUUCUCCUCACUUUGGAUUUGGCCACCGUGGCGCUCAGUUUGUCCACAUGCAGCACGCUGGACAUGGAUCAGUUCAAGAAGAAGCGCAUUGAGGCCAUCCGGGGGCAAAUCCUGAGCAAACUGAAGCUCACCAACCCCCCAGAGGACUUUCCCGAGCCCGAGGAGGUGUCCCGGGACAUUGUCGCCAUUUACAACAGCACCCGGGACCUUCUGCAGGAGAAGGCGAACGAACGGGCAGCGACGUGCGAGAGGCAGCGGAGCGAGGAGGAAUAUUACGCUAAGGAGGUGCACAAGAUCGAUAUGCAGCCCUUCUACCCGUCAGAGAAUGUCAUCUCUCCUACACACUUCAACCCUUACUUCAGGAGGCUGACAUUUGAUGUGUCCUCCAUGGAGAAGAAUGCCUCCAACCUGGUGAAGGCUGAGCUCAGGAUCUUCCGUCUUCAAAACCCUGGGGCCCGAGUGUCUGAGCAGCGCAUUGAGCUCUACCAGAUUUUAGGACACAAAGACCUGACAUCCCCAACACAGCGGUAUAUUGACAGCAAAGUGGUACGAACACAAACAGAGGGAGAGUGGCUGUCCUUUGAUGUGACGGAAGCAGUGAGCGAAUGGCUGAACCACAGAGACAGAAACAGUGGAUUCAAGAUCAGCCUGCACUGCCCAUGCUGCACUUUCGUACCAUCAAAUAACUACAUUAUUCCCAACAAGAGUGAGGAGCUGGAGGCACGGUUUGCAGGUAUUGAUGACAGCUUCAUCCAUGGCGGUGACCUUAAGGUUUUUAAGAAGCGGCGGCACAGUGCUCGAGCCCCACACCUUCUCCUCAUGCUGCUGCCUUCAUACCGGCUGGAGUCCCAGUCCCAGUCCCCGCACAAGAACCAUCGAUCCAAGAGAGCCCUGGAUGCUGCCUACUGCUCUAGAAACGUUCAGGACAACUGCUGCUUACGCUCACUCUACAUCGAUUUUAAGAAGGACCUGGGCUGGAGGUGGAUCCAUGAGCCAAAGGGCUAUGAGGCCAACUUCUGUGCUGGGGCCUGUCCGUAUCUGUGGAGCGCUGACACACAGCAUUCCAAGGUGUUAGGCCUGUACAACACCAUCAACCCUGAAGCAUCAGCAUCACCCUGUUGCGUCUCCCAGGACCUGGAGCCCCUCACCAUCCUCUAUUACAUCGGCAAGACCCCCAAAAUAGAGCAGCUCUCCAAUAUGAAGGUCAAAUCCUGCAAGUGCAGCUAGAAGCCCUUACAAGCCAGCACAAACACUCUCUCUCUCCUUCCUUCACACACACACACACACACACACACACACACACACACACACACGUGGGUGUACAUGCAGUCAAACGCAUCCAUACUUUCUCUUACAUGCACUAUUAUGCUCACUGCAGUGUUUCCACACAGGAAUGGUCAGGAGUGGUGUGUUGGAGAAUAGAGGUACAGAACAAUUUAAUGCUAAUUCAAUGCAUAUACAACAUACAGGGCCAGUGACGUCAUGAUACUAGAAACUUGACUUUGAUACCAAUGCUAAGUACCAGCAGUACAGUGUUGCAUUGCAGUAUAUGGUGGACAUGGGUUAACAAUGACAAUGACAAGCAGUAUGUGUAUGUGUGCAGAGAAUUUAACAAUGAACACACGAGUCCAGAUUGCAGUUUGCCUUCAGUUUGUUGUGUAAUUCUUGGCAAAACCAGUGUCAACAUAAACCCAUUAAACCUUCUUCUCCUGGAGGAGAGCCAGUGCAGUUAUUUGGUACUGCACAAUGACGACUUCUUCUUAUUAUGAGGCCAAACAAAGCAAACAAAAGGCAGCAAAAAUGAAGAAUGCCCCGACAUUUAAUUAUGAUCCUACGGCAACUGAAAACCAUGAAAUAAUGUACACAUUUCCACACAUUAUAUGUUAUGCUAACUUUAGAGAAUGUGUACCAGACUGUUUUACAUGUUAAAGGGAGGCGGUACAGGUCAAAAGUGUAAAUAUUUUCACUAAUAAAUAUCACCAUGAAACUUCCCCAGUUCAUUACUUACAUUAAAUUAAAUUAUAUUUUAAGUUUUGAAUAAAGCUGGUCUUGUUUGAUUUUGUUGACAUAUUAGAGUCAAGGGUUUUUACAGAAGGAAUUUUGGAUAUUCUUUUUAUCACUCUAUAAAUUAGAAGAUACUUUCAACUGUCAACAGCCAUAAAAUGCGACAUGAAUCAGACUCUAAAUGAUAUAUAAAUGAAACCCUCUGUAAAAACCUAGGGUAAAAAAACCUAAUAUAUUGUCUUGAUUGAUUACUUAAUAGUUUUUUGUAUUACACGUUUAAAGAAAUUUUAUGUUUAAUUAUGCAAAGGAGGCAUUACCUAAUUUUGGUCUGUGAAAGUGUGGUAAAAUAAACACUUCAAUGUGUAUUUUUCUGAACCAGUUGAUACCAACUGACCCUUCCUCUCUUCAGAGCCUAGCAAAUAGCAUGUCUAAUUACAGGAAAGAAGGAAGUUGACCGAAGUUCUGACCGAGGCUUGCCUUAAGAUGCAGUACCACUAAUGGCCCCUAGAGACUGGUUUAAAAAAAGACUAUAUUGAAAUUAUUGAGAUUCCAACUGACAGUAUUAGCUUGUCACAGAUAAAGCAAGGUGAUCAGCCAGGUUUUUUCAAUAAAAAAAGUGUAAAAUAAAAAUGUCAACUUAAAAACCUGCCACUGAGUAAAUAUUUGGGUCGCAAUUCCUUAGCUACCAAAUAUUUUAAUGAAGUAGUUGCUUUGACGACAGCCCUGGUUAUUGUUUCAGUUGUCUGCCUCUUCCAGUAUGCAUUUGCACUGCCAACUUUGAAAUCAUCAAAUUUCAGCUGGUGGAACACGUCUGAUGAAAAUAUGUAUGUAAAAUAAUCUUUAGCAGUGGUAUCAAAGUCAUGGGAAUAUUUUGGUUGAUCCCACUGCACAGGACACAUACAUGCUAUGCAUACAUACAAUCAUACACAUACAGUGACACAGAUAUGUUUUUUGUACAGGUAUGCCCUUUUUUGCAUUUUGAAGGCCCUGUCAACAUGCAUCACCUCACACACUUGUCACACCGAGACACGAGAGUAAGGCAAACACUGGAAGUAUAAGUGAUAAGUGUCUAUAUGUGAAAUAAGUCCUGAAAAUAACACAGAACUCCCCCAUCCCACCGCUUCUCUCCCCUAACCUCACCCCUCCACAGUUUUGGUACCACACCAUGUCCUCAUUUGUGUUUGUCUUUGUUUGGAUUCAUUUGUCAUAUCCUAAAUCUUUCCAUUGUUUUGCUAUUUAAAACGUUCAUGGUUAUGGUUCUGCAAAUAUUUACCCAGAAUGGUGGAAAGUGUCAACCUCGCACUGAUGAUAUAUAAUAUCUACUCCAUUUUGUACUUUACAGAAGUUGUAAAAUUCUUAAUUUUGAUCAUUGCAUGAAAAAGCUACCACAUGAGCAAAGAUCUAGAUCGCAUUGGAGCGCCUUAAAAGAAAAUUCCGGUCUGUUAUCACAAUGGUCUUAUUUUUGUAGUUUUUGCUUAUUCUAGACAAUGCUUAAAAUUCCACCAGAAGCAUAGAAUACCCAGCUGGUGGAAUUUACGCACGCUGGUCUAUUUUUGAUAGAAGCCACAACCCACUCAUGUCAAGCAGCACAGAGCAAAUCGCACUGACAGGAAGUCAAACACAGAAACGGCAUAGAGAAUCCGGUCAAUUUUCAAAAUAAAAUACCGUGUGCAGGCACAGAAUCAAAAUUCAUGCUAGAUCAACAAUAUUUCACCAGGCCAGAGGUCAAUCAGACAGAGGAUUCAAAGCAGGGAAACACAACAUUUUGUGACAAAAUACACAAGUAAACAACAUCAGGCAGGCAACACGCACUGAAAAUGCUUCUGAAACGUUCUCGUGGGAGAUGCGAUGUCGCAAAGCUGUGCCCGGUGGAAUUUCAGGGUUAGGGGCCAAUCCCACAGAAACACGUUGCCUGCCAAACCAUUGUUUUCCUAUGGUAGAGCGAGCCUGGCAUGUGCUCCUCUCUUCCGCCACACGUUACCAGUUUCUAGUAGGUUUUUACAACAGGGCUAACCACUGGAAGGUGUGCCUUUACAGGCAGAGAGCAGAGAUGGUCAAGAGAGCUCAAGACUGAAUGAAGAGACAGAGCAGCAUUAGCGAACAGUGAAUCAAACUAAUAAAUGUUGCUUACCUUACUUUCUGAUUGUUUUACAGCGAGGAGAGAAACUAAACUUCCAAGCACAGAGAUUCAGUUAGAAGCUACUAAAGUACUGAGAUCUGAACACUCAGAGACUUAUAACAACGUCUGUCUGUCUGCUCAUGAGUUGACAACAAAAAUUAGACCCAGUUUGUAAUAAACCGGAAUUGUCCCUUUUAAUGUUGGUAAUGGACAUGUCAUAUCUAGAAAAAAGUCAGUGAACAGAGGUGUCCUUCAUGUCCCAUUUAGUGUAUAUUGGAUGUGCUUAGCAGUGACUCAUGUUGAACAAUUAGUGGCUUUCCACACUUAGAGAAAACUCAAAGAAGUGAUGACAUUUCAUAAGCUUAAGAAUUACAGUGGUGCUAUCUUGUGUGCUCAGCACAGCCGCAAUUUAAGUCUGCGCUAGCUAGGAAAGCAUGGGUCUGGAGAAAGGCGAGGCUGUCUUUAGGUAAGUGAUGAUGGAGCCAUGUUUGGAGAAACGCUGUCGGAGAUUAGUGUAAUGAAAGAUUGUAGAAGGUGUUAAUGAAUAGUAGAUAUGACCCUCAAAAAUGCUCUUGGAGCCAAAAGUAUUACAACAUGUACCCAACCACCAACAGCCUCUGUCUCUCUGUACUUUCAACUUCCUGCCAACAUUUGUUUCACCCAUACUUGCAAAAGCUGUCUGUCAGUCAUGAUCUUUUUGUUAUCUAUUAAAAACAAAUUGCACUGAUGCUGUUUUAAUUUUACUAUUUUAAAAUACCUACUAUCCUUAGUUAGUCAGAACCUGCCCCCCUAGCCCCACCCCCCACCCUUAUCAAGUGAGUGUUGAUGUAGGUGACCUGACCCCAGCCCCCUUUGGGCAUUUAGUGCCAGUGGACUUACUGAAUAGCAGAAAAAAAACAAGAGUUAGGCACCAACUUUGUCACGACAGAGCUGUUAUUUUUUAUGUGUAUUUGUUGGUUUUUUUGAUGAUGAUGAUGAUAAUGAUGAUGAUGAUGUUAUUGUGACCCACUAUGCUGUAUUGUAACACAGUAUUGUUGUGGUGCUCUAGUGGUAAAUAAAUUAUUUAAGUUUCAAGGGAA